AUGGCCAGCAGUCACAGACCUCCAAUAGCUCGUCCUUCUUCAAGAGCAGGAAUAGGGCUCACUGCAAGGCCUAGCUCUUCAUCAAGGACUCCAUCAGCAACCAGAAUAGGAACAGGGAUGCCUCCUAGUACAUCAAGACCUGGUUCUCGCGGUGGUUCUUCAACUACUGGAGGAGUCUUAUCAUCUCAGAUUAAAGUUGCAGACCGUCCAGUGACUCAACAAGGAUUAAGUGGAAUGAAAACUGCGAUGAAAGGUCCUCAGAGACAGAUAAUGGAUAAAACAUAUUACCUUGGACUGUUGAGAAGCAAAACAAAUGAACUCACAACAGAAAUUAACAAGUUGCAGGAAGAAGUAGAUAUGUACAAGCAAGAGAAAUCUGUCUAUUUGUCAUAUGAAAAAAGGGCAGAGGCUUUAGCUGGUGAAAUCAAAGAAUUUCAAGGUCAUCUAGCAGACUACAACAUGGUUGUAGAUAUACUUAACACCAAUACGGAUAUAGCAGAAGUGAUUCGAGAUUACAAUAUGUUAAAGGUUCAGAAUGACCGAGACACUCAGAGCGUGGAUAAAAUUUUCACAGAAAGACAAGCCACAGAAAAGUUAAUUCAAGCUGUAGAAGAAGAUAUUGAACGUGAAAAGGUUGUAGCAGAUGACAUAAUAAAAGACAUGUCACAGGAAAAUCAAGCUAAAUAUAUGGAGAUGAAGGCUGCAAAUGAAAAACUCUCCCAGGAAUUGAUUGUUCAACAAUUAAGUGUAAAGGAGGAUGCUCUAAGAGCUGAAAUAGCACACUCGCAGGUGAAACAGGAGGCUGUGCAGCUGUAUGAAAAGCUCCAUGAGCUUGAGGAACGUCGAGAUCAAAUGAUUGCUGAGGAUAAGAACAUGGAAUCUCCACAGGAAGAAAGGGAGAGAUUACUAAAGCAGGUUAAGGACGAUAGUCAAGAAAUAGCAAGCAUGGAAAGACAGCUGACAGAAGUAAAAGAAAAAACAAACCAUUUUAAAAAGGUUAUUCAACGACUUGAUAUGGAUCUGGAGAAUCAUCAAGGAGAGGAAAACUGGAAAUACAAGGAGCUGAAGAAGAGGGAAGAAAGCAUGGACAAUUUUCUUGAGACUUUUGAAGAGGUGAAGAAUCAGGAAUUGGAACGAAAGGCCCAAAUAGAAGCCAACAUUGUUGCACUCCUGGAGCACUCAAGCAGGAAUGUGAAUCGUAUGAAACAAAUUUCAUCUGUUAGCAAUCAAGAGCUGAAGAUAAUGCAGGAGGACCUCACUUUCAAAUCAAAUGAAAUGCAGAAAUCACAGAGUACUGCUAAGAAUCUGCUUACAGAGAGUCAAAAACUGCAGAUGGACCUACAGAAGAUGGAACUCUUGGAGGGCAAGAUGGUUGAUGAACUGACUUCUCUUAAAGACAAAAUUGAACAAACAAAAAUGGAGUUGGCGGUCUAUAAUAAUUUGCCAGCUCUGAAAGCAUCAGGAGAAGAGAAGAAAAAGAGACUCCAGGAUGACAAAGAAAAAUUAACAAAACGUAGCUAUGCUUUCAAGAAAGUAAUGGAACACUUGAAUACAGAGUAUGAGACACUAAAGAGAGAACUGCAAGAGAAUGAGACACAUUCUCAGCUUACAAAUUUGGAGAGGAAGUGGCAGCACCAUGAGCAAAAUAACUUUAUGAUGAAGGAAUUCAUAGCAACCAAAAGUCAGGAGAGUGACUACCAGCCAAUAAUGAAGAACGUGAGAAAGCUGGUCACAGAAUACAACAAAGCUCUCAUAGAAGCUUUACAGAACACCAAGAACUGA